CCCACCCAUCAGCAGCCAAUGUCAUCGAUCAGCGCUCAUUCUUCCCUUUACAUUUGAGAGCUUCAUUACAACAGACGCUGUUCUUCCUCUGUUAGCACUCUGUUAACAUCUAUCAAUCCAUCUGUCUAUCAUUUCUUGAAAGGAGAACUGAACACCAAGUUUUUAAUGGGACAUUAAUUACAGACACCCACCAAAAGAGAGAUUCUCUGGGAACAUCUCAGCAAGAGCAGCUACAUAAUAUAGUGUAUCUCUGGUCAGAAAGGAGGACCUGACAAACAACGCUUCCUGAACCCCUGCCUGUGCUCUCCACCAGCAGUCAAAAAUGGGGAAUGCCAAAAGCAGCGCUAUGUCCAAGGAGAUCCUGGAGGAUCUCAAACUCAAUACCAGAUUCUCAGAGAACGAACUGUCACAGUGGUACCAGAACUUCCAGAAGCAGUGUCCAUCUGGCCGGAUCUCACCAGACGAAUUUAAAAAGAUCUACGAACGCUUUUUCCCAGACAGUGAUGCCGCAGCAUAAGCCCAGCACGUCUUCCGCUCCUUUGACACGAAUGAUGAUGGAACGUUGGAUUUCAAGGAAUACAUUAUUGCGCUACACAUGACAUCAACUGGAAAGACGGAGCGAAAGCUGGAGUGGGCCUUUUCACUUUUUGAUGUCGAUAAGAACGGCUACAUCACAAAAUCAGAAGUGGCAGAAAUCUGUCAGGCUAUCUUUAAGUUGAUCCCCAAAGAAGAGCAGGAAAAUCUUCCAGCAGACGAGAACACUCCCGAGAAGAGAGCAGACAAACUGUGGUCGUUCUUCAAUAAAAAAGACAAUGAGCGAUUGGCCGAGGGUGAGUUUAUUCAAGGCGUUCUUGACAAUGAAGACGCGAUCCACCUUAUUCAAUAUGAGCCCAAAAAAUAAUAAUAAAACAAGAUCAAUAACUGUAUUUUUCCUGUCAUAUCAUUUCCUUUGGCCAAGUGUUUCCCCCGAUUUCUUUUUUCCCAUUUUGUUUGUUUUUAACUUUAACUUUUUUAACCUCAAUAUGUUUUGAGUGAGUCGUGAUAGACAGAAUGAUGAUAGAUUAAAGUGAUAGUAAAGUGUCCCAUCUGAGAACAAAUGUUGUGAAAUGUGUGAAAUUCUGUAUGUAGACUGAAGAAGAGUUUCUGGCAGAUGAAAUGAUACUGAAAGCAAAUAUUAUGUCAUGUUUUUCUUGUAAAUGAAGUAAAAUACAGAUAUAUAAAUAAAGCCA